AUGGCCAUCACACAACCAGGCGGCGGCGUGAGCACGGCGCACGUCAAUAUGAUGACGGAUACUAUCAUCGCCAACCUCCCUGCCGAUGGCCUUCGUGUGGUGAUGAGGGCACUUUUGGUACUAUUUCCAGAAAUCACACACGCUUUCGAAUGUGAGACGAAGAAAUUUGUCGAGCAGAGAGCUCUGUCUUCGAUAAUAGGAAAAGACAAAAAGCCAAGUCUCCCCGAGCUGAACAAGACGCAGCAGAUCGCCCGCAGUAUGCUUGGAUGUGGACUCUCAUUCAAAAGCCUUCAGUUGUUCCAGAACUUAGUCGCUCAGGGAACGGUUCUCAUAUCAAGAACUAGCGAUGACAGUCAAUAUGAACUAUUUACCUUUUUGACGAGCGUCGAUGGCGAUAUCGUGCAAGCAAUGACUGCUGUUCAGAAGUCCCUUUUUAUAGAUACUGGCACGCGGGUAAUGGAUAAUGGAGAGCAUGCAUUGGUGGAAGCUCUCUAUCACUCAUUAACAAGCUGCUAUGAUACUCUAAAAGCAACCGAGCAUGAUUAUCCAUUCGGACGAAGCCUAAUAUCCACGGCUGGUAUUCUUGGGUUACCUCGACCUACGCUUCUAGAUGCGCAUCAAGAUCUCAGCAAACAGACCUCUCUGAUACCAUUGCCUCAACAAGCAAGAGAAACUUUUCAAUUGAAUGGACGUACGGUUCCUCGGAUAUUUUCGGGGCUCUGGCAAAUGUCCAGUCCUGCUUGGGGGGCUGCAUCAUCCUCCAAGAUUGUGGAACAAUUCUCAAGUCAUGUCCGGCAAGGAUUUACAGCAUUCGACAUGGCUGAUCAUUACGGUGACGCUGAAGUCAUAUUUGGACGCUUUUCAUCUCUAUACCCUCACAGGCAAACGAUAUUCACAGCAACAAAGUACUGCGUUUUCCAUCCGAUGACUGUAUCUCGAGAGGCUGUACAAGCAAAUGUCACCGAGCGAUGCCGCCGAUUGCAGACAGAGAAGAUUAAUCUGUUGCAAUUUCAUUGGCAAUUUUAUGAAAAUCCGGAUUAUCUGAAAGCUCUCCGGUUUCUUACAGAAGACGAUAGAGUUGAAACAGUUGGUCUCUGUAAUUUUGAUACAAAACAUUUGCUUGAGGUGGUCCAAUCUGGUAUCAGAGUACACACCAACCAAGUUCAGUUUUCUCUUGUCGACUCUCGACCUGUCUUCGAAAUGGGCAGCGCUUGUGAGGAACACAGUAUCAAACUCUUAACAUACGGCACAUUGUGCGGUGGUUUCCUUGCCGACAAGUGGCUUGGAAAGCCCGAGCCAGAUAUAUAUGAUGGAUCAAUCACACCAAGCCAGCGAAAGUAUUUCGAAAUGAUACGCAGUUGGGGCGGCUGGAAUCUCUUUCAAGAAUUAUUGACGAUCCUGCGCGCUAUUGCCACAAAACACAAGGUCGGCAUAUCAAACGUCGCUACUCGUUGGGUGUUAGACUUUCCCUACGUUGGCGCCGUCAUCGUUGGGGCACGUAUGGGCAUAAGCGAGCAUACAGAUGAGAAUUUGUCGAGUUUCGGCUGGUCCCUUGAUCAAUCCGAUCGCGAUGCAAUUGAGGAGAUCUUAAUACGAAGUCGAAGGGCUGAGAUAUUCCAAAAGGUAGGUGAUUGUGGAGCAGAGUAUAGGUAG